CAUGCCUCACGACCAGCGAAUAAAACUGGCUGCUUGAGUCGCCGUGACAGUCAGUCUUAUCGUAAGUGUGCCAGUGUAACAUUGCGGUUUUUCGUUGGAGGAUUGUGACGCAAGCACAAAUAUAUUUAUUAAUCCGUUAGCGACAAAUCAAAACAAAACAAGAAUGAAGUGGCUGGCAACCUUAGCGGUGCUGCUCUGCGCGGCUCCCUCCGCCCGUCCCCAGUGUUUCUCCGCUGACGACGACCUCAGCAUAGUCCCCAGCAACGACCUGUCCUCCAUCACGGACUUCGGACUGGACCUGUUCAGGACGGUCUUCCCGUACAACGCCACGUCCAACUUCUUCUUCUCUCCAUACAGCAUCUGGAACGCCCUCACACUGGCCUACUUCGGUUCCGGGGGGAACACUCAGGCCGAGCUGGAGAGGGCACUCAGGGUAUCCGACAAGGUCCAGACGCUGAAGAACUGGAGGAGUUUGGAGUUCAUGUAUCAGAUGCGCCAGGUGAACAACAGCGACUACACCUUCAACUUGGCCAACAAGGCUUACUUCGACCACAACCUCACUCUCCGCCCCUGUGUGAAAGACAUCCUGCACAAGGAGUUGGAACUGAUUGACUUCUCUAAGCCCGUCGAAGCUGCAGGCACCAUCAAUGACUUCGUAUCCCAGACCACCAAGGGACGCAUCCCAACUCUGGUGGGAGCCGAUGAUGUCAUCAACGCCCAGAUGGUCUUGGCCAAUGCCGCCUUCUUCAAGGGCACCUGGCUGUACCAGUUCAAGAAGUCUGCCACCCAGCCCGGUCUCUUCUACUCCACCCCACAGGACUACAGCUUCGUCGACAUGAUGAGGCAGAAAGGCAACUUCAGGCACGGCGUCUCAGAGGAACUAGGCGCCCACAUCCUCGAGUUGCCCUACACAGGAGAGGCUGUGUCCAUGUUCAUCCUCCUCCCUCCCUUCAUCUCCGGAGACAACGGCUUCAACAAGAUGGUUGAGAGGCUGAAUGGCACCACGCUCCAGAACGCCAUCGACGACAUGUGGAGGGUCCAGGUGGAGGUCAUCCUGCCCAAGUUCCGGCUGGAGCAGAUGGUCGGCGACGAGCUCAUGCUUGCCCUCUCCCGCAUGGGAGUCAGCGACCUCUUUGAUGCCGGGCGAGCCAACCUGACCACCUUCGACCCCGUCACCCGCCUCAGCAUCAGCAAGAGCAUCCACAAGGCCUUCGUCGAGGUGUCCGAGGAAGGCACCGAAGCUGCGGCGGCCACCGCCCUCAUCUCUCUGAGAAUUGCCAGACCGGCAGCUCCCGAGAAGUUCGAGUGCAACCAUCCCUUCCUCUUCGUCAUCCACGACAACCUCACCAAGAACGUCCUCUUCAUGGGUGCCUACAAGAAUCCAAAGGCAUGAGUCGGUGCUGUAAAGCGACUCUCGCCUUGACGCCUGUUCUGUGUGUCGCUCGUUUGUUGGUCUAGUUCAGGAGAUACUCUAGGUUUGGAUGUCAUAAAAGUAUAUCUACUCUUUCUAAUUUUGAAAUGAGAUUAUUGUACAUUGGCGUGAACUUUCCUCACAAACUAUUCGUAAGCUUUUGUCUGGCAUAAAUGAAAUUGCGUUUGAGUGAACUUUAAAAAAACUUGAGAGUAAAAUUUGUGACAUCUGUAUUCAAAGAUAUGGAAGAGAUAUGGAAGGUUGAUCUGCAGGUUUCACAGAAAACAGCUGAAAGUGUUAAGUGUUGACAGAUAUUGAAGUAAUGGUUGUUGGAUAUUUACAUAUUUAUAUUUAUAAUUUAUCCCUCCCCUACCUGUCGUUAAAGAUGUCCUUCCUGAUUCAGGUAUUUGAGAAUAGCAACCCUUUCUAGUGUGCAUGAAUCCUGCAACUUCCCGGAAGCCCUAAGUUAGAAAGCACUCGUCAAUUGAUAUUUAAACUUCUGAACUGAAACUAGUUGUUCCAGUUAACAUAACUCUUAAUGCUUGCACAUGAAAGAGGCGUGGCAGCAGAUCUGAAAUUUGUGAAUCUACAUUUGGCCUCACCUUCACCAAAAAGUAGUUCUUCAAAAAGGUAGGGACGGCUGCGGAAGGACACAACUCGUGAAUGACCCCCCGCACGGUCCCCGUUACGUAAGCUGUGGCUCGGUUCCCCCCUUUAUUGCACUCCUCUGACCACUUAACAUUUGUUUAGGUUAAUUUUAACUUUUAUUAACUAAACUGCACUAGUCAGGGAUCUGGAAAUGCAGGAUUGUAUUAUAGUUUCUUUGACUACUUAGGAGGAUUUAAAGUUUCUCCCGUGCUGUUUGCAGCCUGUCGUUUGAAACGGCUUCAUUCCGCAACGUGCGGAUGUCAGUCAGAAGUCUGCAGUUUGAAAGCUUUGUUCCAUCCUGCGGCAGCGGCUCGCAUCCUCCCCCAUCCUUUUUUAUCGUGUGUAAAUAACGAAGCCGAUGCUGGAAUGCUGUCAUAACUUAUGAGAGAAGUUAUGACAGCGCCGCCAGCUCCGUACGCCACCAGUUUGUAAUGGUCGGUGUGACGUACCCGGCCCAGCAUUCUCCACAUCAAAAUUUUUUAAUUUAUUUUUAAUCACCUUUAGCUACAGAAUAGCUGUAUAACUGUUUUUAAUAAAAUGGCGGUACAAUAAUAA